CGCGGCGAUGGCCCUCUACGUCGCGCUCGCCGGCCUUGAGCUGGGCGUGAUUCUGGCCGCUGUCCCGCUCUGGUGCGUGCUUCCCGGCGCCGUCUUCGCCCUGUGGGCCGCGGCCUGCGCCGCCGUGGUCGCGGCCAUGUGCUGGAUGCUCAACGGGAAGGAGCAGAUGUAUCGGUGCGAUGCUGGGUCGGAGGGCUGGAUGAUGGGUCAGGAGGUCGAAGACGAGAAGUGGAUGUUCCUGGGCGGCAUGGGGAUGAGCUCCCGCCACUGCCACGAGCGGACCCUUCCGGCGCUGUCGCGGCUGUUCAGCCGGCCGAUGGUGUGCAUCUGCAUGCCCACGUACGGGAUGCCCUUCGACCUGAUAGCCAUGAUGCUGCAGCGCUGCAUGCCCAUCCCCAGCCGAUCACGGCGGAAUCUGUACUCCGAGAUGCGGUGCGCACUGCUCGACGAUUCCAUGACUCGCUGCGUCGUCCUCUGCCACAAUGACAGCGCGAUUCUCGUCUCUCAAGCCGUCGCGCAGCUCCACGCCGACGUCCCCAUGGAAAAGCUCGGCAAGCUGGAGAUCUACACUUUCGGCGCUGCCGCCAGCGAGUUCACCGUGCCACUUGGAGACGGUACCAAGGCCAUGGAGCCGACGCAGCAGCAAUCCGCAGAGCAGUCGGCCGACGAGCAGCGGACCAUCCACGUCGAGCACUUUGCCAUGGCCAACGACCCCUUCGCCCAGAUGGGUGUGCUGCACAGCGUCCGACAGAACAUGGAAGGCCGCUUCUGCGGCAGCGUCUUCGUCCUGAACGACAACAGCACUCCCCCUGCGCCGCCCAGCAAGGAGACAAGCCGCCGAUCGAGUCCGCGCUGCUCCGGCCUGGUCAUGGAGGACUAUCUCACGGCUCUCUUCCCCGCGCAGAUGAUGGCGCCGGCCACCCGCCGCAGCAGCAGCAGCGGUGUGCUCGACAGCGUCAUGACGGUCGACAAGGACUGCGCCGAGAAGCGCGAGAUCGCGGCCAUGAGCAACUACCACGCGGCGACGCAGGCCAAGAAGGGCGGCGGCGGCGGCGGCAGCGGCGGUAGCGGCAAGCGCCUCAGCUGGACCGGCCUCGCCGCCAUGGCGGGCCAGCGGAACGGCAUGAACGCCGGCAUGGUGGCCCUCGAGAUGGCGCGCAAGGAAUGCCGUAGCUGCGACGGCCGCUGGGGCCGCGAGGUCACCUGGCUGGCGAGAUAUGUCGUUGCCAUGGAGGGGAAGCAGGCGGUUGACGGGAGGAUCAACAACGGUCUGUGAGAAGGUUAAGGGAAGUUUGUGUCAGUGGGCAGUGUUGACGCUGUACGGGGUUUCAGCCAAAGCAGUUUGAUUAGUUUCGUGGCGGGCGUAUUGAUG